GGAGUUUGUUGUGUUGAACAACAAUGUUCGUUAUUAUUUGCGGCGUCGUGUCAGAUUGCUCAGAAUUUGUCAAGUAAACAUAGUAGCCUAAUUACUUUCAGUAUUCUAGUGUUGGUCUUGGGUGUUAAAACACCGCACUUUUGUCUAAAGGAUUUACCAAUGGCGAGGUUAAACUUAAUGACAGUUUUCUUCUCAACAACAAACAUUAUUUCUGUGAUUUUGGGAAAUCUGGAGACUGCCUCCCUGUUGACUGCAGAGCAUCAUGCACAUGGUCCGCAUCCUGAGGGCCUGUUCCAGCCAAGGGGGAGCCAGGGUCAGCCUCCCCAGCCCACAGGCCUCCCAGAGCGGUCGAUCGUCCCGGCUAGCGCCCCCCAGGUCCAGCUCAGCCCGGAGGACCUGCACAGGCUGCACUUCAAGCCCACGGUGGGCAGCCUGCAUCUGUCCGAGGGCCACGAGGCCAAGUUCAACUGCUCCAUCGACGUCCCCGACUCCAAGCUGGACCUGGCUGUGGUGUGGCUGAAGAACGGCCGCGAGCUGUCAGAGAACCUGCAGGUGGUCAUCAACGAGCUGCAGACGGUCACUGGCGGGGUCAUGACCCUGCUGUCCACAGUCAGAAUCACCAAAGUGCAGAGGGUUGAUUCUGGAGAGUAUCGCUGCAUGCUCAGUGUCAGUGAUGCGAUCAUAGAGUCUCAGCCAAUCAGCAUCGAGGUUGAAGGUCUCCCGACGUUCGUCAGGCACCCUGAAGACGUGAACGUGAGCAGGAACGUGGCCUUCAGGCUGUGGUGUGAGGCGGUGGGUCCUCCAGAGCCUGUGGAGAUCCGCUGGCUACGCAACGGAGUACAUGAGGGAGCCCUUCACUCCUCCCCCAGCCAGCUCAACGUGACAGGAGUGGACCAGUUCACCCAGUUCAGCUGUGAGGCACACAACCAGAAGGGCGUCAGUACCUCCAAAGAAGCAACCAUCAACAUAAAAGUUCUUCCAGCUCCUGUCUCCGAGGUGACAGUGCUAGAGAGGCAGUCUAGCAAGCUGGUCCUGAGCUGGACCCCUGGCCAUGAUGGAUUCUCCCCCCUCAUCUCCUGCCACAUCAAGGUGAGGGAGGUGAGCAGCAGGAAAGGGGAGGUGACCGCCACCAGAGUGGUCAACGCCAGCGUCCCUCCCUUCCAGUGGGCCGUCUCCGGCCUGGCGGCCAUGACACGCUACAACAUGAGCGUCUCCUGUAGCAACCAGGUGGGGGUGUCGCCCCCCAGCCCCUGGGUCCAGAGCAACACCACCGAGGGAGUGCCGUCGGUGUUCCCUGGGAAUGUGUCGCUGCAGCUGAAUGAGUCGGUCCUCGUGGUCCGCUGGCGGCCGCCUCCCGCAGACAAGAUCAAUGGCAUCCUGACAGGAUAUGAUGUCAUCGUCAGCCGCGGUCUGGUGGUCGACAAGAUCCACAGCUACAGCAUGUCUGCCUCCCUGGUCCUCCAGGUGUUUAACAGCAGCUACAGCGUCCAGGUGGCCGCCUGCACACAGGCUGGCCAGGGCAUGCUCAGCCCCCCCACCUCCAUCUACGUCCCGGAGAGCAGAUGGGUCCCUCCCCCCUCAGCCAGGCCGGACCCCCAGGCCUCUGGCUGGUUCUCUGUCCUGCUCGGGUUGGGGAUGAGCGUGUGCCUGAUCCUGCUGCUGCUCUGGGCCUUCAUCUGCCUGCGCCGCCAUCUCCAGGACACACGCUUCGGGCAGCUGUUUGGCAGUGCAGAGAAGCUGCAGCCCGUGGUCCAGUACAGACCCCAGAGAUCCUACAACCGCUCAGACAUCGAGAUCACACUUGCCAACCUGGGGGUGAGUGGUGAGCUGCAGGCUAAGCUUCAGGAUGUGAUGGUCCUGAGGACUCUGCUGACCAUAGGGAAGGUCCUGGGAGAAGGUGAGUUUGGUUCGGUGGUGGAGGGGCGACUGAAACAAGAGGAUGGAUCCUCUGAGAAAGUGGCUGUGAAGACCAUGAAAUUGGACAGCUUCUCUCAGAGGGAGAUAGAGGAGUUUCUGAACGAGGCAGCCUGCAUGAAGGACUUCCACCAUCCCAACGUCAUCAGGCUGCUGGGUGUGUGUCUGGAGACGGGGCCAGCCCACUCCCCCAGGCCCAUGGUCAUCCUGCCCUACAUGACCCACGGUGACCUGCACAGCUUCCUGCUGCGCUCACGCCUCAGGGACAGCCCACUGUACCUACCCACACAGACGUUGCUCAAGUUCAUGAUUGACAUCGCCAUGGGGAUGGAGUACCUCAGUGGGCGGAACUUCCUGCAUCGUGACCUGGCUGCUCGCAACUGCAUGCUGCGUGAUGACAUGACGGUGUGCGUGGCGGACUUCGGCCUGUCCAAGAAGAUCUACAGCGGGGACUACUACCGCCAGGGCCGCGUUGCCAAGAUGCCCGUCAAGUGGAUCGCCGUGGAGAGCCUUGCUGACAGAGUGUUCACGGUCAAGAGCGACGUGUGGGCGUUUGGCGUGACCAUGUGGGAGAUCGCUACGCGGGGCAUGACCCCAUACCCGGGGGUUCAAAACCACGAGAUCUACGACUACUUGCUGGAGGGCCAGAGACUCAAGCAGCCCGCAGACUGCCUGGACGAGCUGUAUGAGAUCAUGUACAGCUGCUGGAGGUCCGACCCUCUGGACCGGCCCCCCUUCACCCAGGUCCGGGAGAGGCUGGAGAAGCUGACCGAGAGGCUUCCGGAAGCUUCCAGCAAGGAGGACAUCAUCUACAUCAACACCUCCUUCCCUGAGGAGGAGCCCCAGGCUGCAGAGGAGACACGUCUAGACACAACCCUCUUUAGCUCCUCCCCCUCCUGCAGCCGCCAGGCCCCAGACUGCUCGCUGGUCAGGGUCGACAUCCAUGAGAGCCAGGGGGAGGAGGACGACCGCUAUGUUGUGGUCAUGUCCUCCACAGACCCCACCAGGAGAACAGCCACCCCUGUGGACACGCCCCUACUGUCGAGUGAUGUCUCGGGUCUGGCCAAUGGGGAAGCAGCUGGGGAGUGCUGUGGGGCGGAUCAGAACUCGGGCGAGACAACACUGCUGCUCUGACUGUCAGACUGAUGUCACCUUGAUGACCGACUGAUGAUACUUUGACGACUGAAGGAUAUUGACAGAAUUUAAUUCAACCUCAAACUAGGAGUUGAAGCUUAAUUCCCAAUGGUCUGCAGUACUUGCCCCUGUUUGCUAUUGCCUACAUACACCUAUCAUGGUAACCCCUCAGUUCAACGUGUGCAAAAGUAUUUUUUUUGUCUCUUAUUGCUCCAAUGAAUAAGCUUUGCUGAAGAAGGAAGUUGGUCUCCAGCAAGCAAUGCUAAAGACUGUGAAACUAAAGUCAGUGUAAACUUUUCCAGCCAAUACUUGACACUAUCAUCAGUGUGGAUAAAUAUUUUAAUGGAACUAUGCACAUUUUUGACAUUUGAAAUAGAACUGUACAUAUAAAGUGUGUAUAAUGUAUAGUAAGAAUUUGUAUAUAUGGCAGUAUUGGUGUAUGCUGGUGAUUCAGCUGACUUAACUGUGUUAGUUAACUUGCCAAUAAGUUAAACAUUGACCAACGAGUUUAAUAAUUUAGAUAUUUGCAUGAUUUUUUUCAUGAUGGAAUAAACCUUUUGAUGUAUU